AUGUCUUACAAAACGGGCAGAUCCAUGCUGGAUCUGUUCCGAGAAACAGAUGACGACCAUAACAACAAUAACUACACAGAUGAAUUCGAAACUGCAGAGUUGCUCACCACUACACGGAAGUUUCUACAGCAACAGUAUGAAAUCGAUAACGCGCUAAAACAAAUGAACCCAAACAAUGUUAACCACAACAACCGUCGUUCUUCAACACUUGGGCAACAAUUAACUCAGAAGGAACGCCAAAUGCUGGGUCGCACUGGAAAUAAACAGCGCGAAUCCUCUGUGGCUUUGCGGAUCAAUCGAUCUGGUCGUCCGAGUCACUCAAAUCGCUCAAAUCGCUCAAAUCGAUCCAAUCGUCCUGAUCUGCCUAAACUGCGAAAUCAUACUCUUCACGCCAUGUCUGAUCUCUCCUCUGACGAAUUCGCCAAAUACGUUAAACUCAAGCAUGUCGGCAGGGGAGCAUACGGCGGCGUUUACCAAACCAAGCAUUCCGUCACUGGAGAAAUAUACGCCAUGAAAGUCAUAGAGCUAGAUUCAUACCAUUCAGAUCAGCCGUCCAGUUCUUCCGCCACCUCGUCAACACAGGAACAUCUCAUGAACGAAAUACUCAUCAUGAAGCAAUUCGAUAAUGUCAAUGUUGUCAAGCUAUUUCAUUACCACAUGAAUUCUACGUCCAUGAACUUGAUCAUGGAGUUCUGUGACAGUGGCUCCCUUAGGGACCGCUACAAAGCCAAGGGGCCAUUGCCCGAACUCGAAGUCGUUGAGUAUACCAAACAGAUACUCGACGGUUUAAUAUACCUUCAUCGCAAACACUUUAUACACAGCGACAUCAAGGCUGCCAACAUAUUGCUCAAAAAGGGGAUCAUCAAAUUGGCCGAUUUUGGCGUGAGUACCAAGUUCGAAAUCAAAGACGACAUCGAGACUCUACGAAGUGAUAAGAAGAAAAAGGAAGCCAAUGGUUCGCCUUACUGGAUGGCUCCUGAAGUUAUCAGGCUACAAGGAGUAUCUACUGCCUCCGAUAUCUGGAGUUUGGGAGCUACCGUUGUUGAGCUCCUAACGACCCAACCACCCUUUUACCAACACGAUCCGUUCCCAGCAUGCCAUGCGAUUGGCUCAGGGGAACCUCCUGCAAUUCCUUCGGGCAUUUCAAACGAGUGUUUUAAGUUUUUAGCCGAUGGUUGUUUCCAACAGGAUCGCAAGGCUCGAUUGACCGCUGAACAGCUUUCGAAACACCCAUGGAUAGUAAGAGACGCUCGUUUCGAUGAUUCAAUGCGGUCGAGUGUCAACAAGGAAAACCGAAACGGGUUCUUGAAGCAGUACAAUGAGCUGUUUCAAAGUAAUUACGAUAACGAUUUUGAAGAGCAGUCAAUCAAUCUUCUCAUGACCAUCAAUACCACCAACAAGAAACAAAGACUCGAGAUAUACAAGGAAACCAAUUCCGGCGACAGUGAUGAUGAUUUCAUUGAUAUGUUUGAUAUUGAUGAUUUCAAAGAUCUUGGCAUCGAGGAUCAGCAAGAAGUGAAUAUCCGAGAACAGAAACAGGAAUUCAUUCGAGAGCUAAUCGAGAAGACAGAGGAGGCAGACCUGGAGGAACUUCAGUUUAUCAACAAGUUCGCCUCUGACAAGGAGGAUUCCAUGAACCAGGACGACGACGAUAAGGUACAAACCGGGCUAGACUUUGUAAUUUCGUGCCUCAUUGAUCAGAAGUUUGUCUACAAGUUGAAUUCCAGGAUAAUAGUUGAGCAAUCCGACGAUUGCAAGAUUGAGCUAAUGAAGAUAGCUAUCAAGCUAUUCGAGAACGAUAGCCAGAGUCUUGUCACGUUUUACCAUUGUGGUUGCACUUCCAAGAUUAUUAAGGAGCUCUAUGAGGAGGACUGCGUCUUCCAGUAUCUGAAGAUGCUUGUCAAGUCGUACCUGCCGACGAUAUCUGUUAUAUCUACCGAGAUAUGCGAGAUUUUGGUGACGAUUUUAAAAGAUGGCGACCCGCUAAGGUUCAACGAUUGUGUGGAUAUGCUGAUCGACCUCUUUAGAAACGACAAGAUUGAGAAGCAAGGCAUGUCGGCCAUCACGAUUUCUCACUCGCUACCUCAGACACUGGCAUUCAGUCUGAGCAAUAUUCGCGGUCAUUUGAACGAGGCCAAAGAGGCAGAAGCCGGUCAAAUCGUCAAGCUGCUUGCAAAAGUGGCACACUAUUCUUCCAACUACGAAUGCAGCAAAUUCUUCACCAAGGACUUCUUCACUUGUUUAUUCAGAAGGUUCAACAAGAUACCGUUUGAGCUCAAACUGGAGAUAGUCAAGAUCGUGCACCGGUGUGGGAAGCUUGUUGAGCAAGUAUUGGAGCAGCUGGAUAGCACCCAGAUCCAACACGUCUCUGAUCAAAUAUUGGAGGACCUAUCCACUGAAGAUUGUUCCCGAGUGUAUGAGAAGUUUGUGAAAUGUGUGAUCCCGCUUCUGCACAAACUCUGUUUGCUGGAUCCAGACAGACAGGCCGAUCUUUUAUCUCCCAGCAGUAUUGAACUGUUUUCGCAUCUGUUGAGACUAUUUCCCAACAACAAACGCACAGAGUCUGUUAGGACCCAGAUAAUCAAUCUGUUUAUGGACGCGGUUGGGAACACAGAGCUUUCGCAUGUCUGCAAACGGUACGGUGCCAUUGAGAUCCCUAUUAUUGUUCUUGGAGAGCCCGGCAGGCAUGUGGAUGCCAUUACACGCAUCUCAGAGCUGGUCCAGGCCGAGGAUGACAUUCUUGACGAGACGUUCCGGAAGAAGCCAGCGCUUGUGAGCAUGUUCCUGGCGAGUCUCAAAGUGAACGAGGAGCUGGGCCCGUUUCUUGGCGAGCUUUUGAAGAUUCUCCAGAAAUACCAAAUAUUAUGGACAAAGACACAGAAAAAACACCCACAGGCAUUCAGCAUAUACAACUACAUGUGCUCCUCGGAGGAGCUUCUCAACUGUCUUUUUGAACGGCUUUCGCAGCCGCAACUGGUGGACCCGAUCCAGGUGCUACGAGUGUUCCAGCUAUUGUACGAGCGCAGACCGCAAAGUUUCAUGUUGCGGGAAUUCAAGUCGGCAUUUCGCGAUCUGCGGGACGAACUGGACAAGCCGGACUUGCCAGACCGGUCUUCAUGCAUGAUCGACAUGAUUGACGAGAUUCUGGCUGACCGGUCAUGA